CAUCCAAAGGGUACAUACCUAUGUAGGUACCUACUCCAACACAAAGAAAUAGAAUAUGAUAGAAUUCAAUCAAUCCAAUGAUACUUGUUUCAAAGUAUCUGUUCGACCAGAAGUUCUCCUUCUAAUGAUCUAAUUCAUGCUAUUAGCCACGUAAUAAGUGGACAACCUACUAGAACAGCAGCUGAUGUACCAAAGCGAAGAAGCAGAACACGAAUGAUUAUUACCCAAAAACCAUGCUUCGGUCCCUAUCCACGCGCUUAACUUCGUCUCCCAUAUCUAAGUAUUUUGGAGCACCGCAUUCGUUUAUGCGAACUGUACAAACCCGAACUCAUGAUACUGAUUUCGACCAAGAAGAGCUAGCUGAAGCCAGGAACUGGCAUGCCUCAUUUAAUUCGGACAGCUUGCCAAAGGGUCAUACGAAAUAUUCGAGAGCUAGCGGACCCGGGGGACAACAUGUAAACAAAACCGAGAGCAAAGCCACAACAGUGUGGCCCAUCGAAGAACUGUCCAAGAGCCUACCCAAGUUAAUGUGUUCCGCAUUGCGGUCUUCAAGAUAUUACACCAAGGGGUCCGACUCCAUCACGAUUCAUGCUCAGACACAACGGAACAGGACCGCAAAUACCCACGAAAAUCAUCACAAGCUAGCCGACGAACUACUGAAGUUAUACAAGCAGCAUAUACCUAAGCAGACAAGCCGCGACAAGAUCAAGAAAUAUGAAGACUUGGAGAAAUCAUACCACGAGCACAGACUGAAACUGAAGAAACAUCAGAGCUCAAAGAAGGCGUCGCGAAGAAGUCACGACGAGUAGACACUUGUCACUCAGUUUUGCUGCUUAACCAUCUCUUCAUAGCACCGCCUAUCGGGCCGUUCAGCUAACAGUCUAGCAAGUCAGAGCUCGUUUGACAUUGGCUGCUGCACGAUAGGACAACUGGACAGUCGUUACUGGUAAACAGGUGACCUGGCUUGAGGGUUACAUUGGUGACAUACUAUCACUCGCAAACUUAUCCAGCGUGUUAACGGAAACCCUUAUAAGGGAAGGAA